AUGACGUGCAGAAACUUCGACAAGAACCUCUACCACCACAACCACGACCGCAACAACAACCACGACCACAGCAACCGCGACCACAACAACCGUGACCACAACAACCACAACCACGACCACAACAACCGCGACCACAACCGCGACCACAACCACCUCGACCAUCACCACCACGACCAUGACCACCACCCGCAUAUUUGUGUCAGUGUGCGUGAUCUGCAUCAAAGAUUGAUGCUUGCGUACCCGCAGGAUCUUCCCAAGGAACGUCUCGUCGCAUGGCGCCAGGAAUCGUACAAGAUAAACAAGCUCGGCAGGACUUUUGGCAACACCAAGAUGAUCACCUGGAAAAAUGGACGCGAUCCUGCAACGCCCUUCGCCCAGGCUACCGACAAGUGUGACAUCGCUCUGCGGGCGCCCUCUGCCAUCUCAGUUGCUUGGUUGAACAAGAGUAAAGCUGAUCUGACGAUUUCGAUCGGGGACACGAGGCCCGUGUACGUGAACCCUUCCAUGAUGGCGUGCUACGGAAUCGAGCUGGACUCCAAGUGGUGGUCGCUCAUCGCGAAGGACCUGGAGAGGAGCUCGCCGGAUGCCAUCAACAGCUGGUACCUUCUGGGCGAGGCUGCGAAGCAGUUUAGAGCAGUGGGGCGGCCGCACGACUUCACCGGUUACAUGUGGAUGUGGGCGGCACUGAAAUCUGGCGACGAGAACUUGUGGAAGGAACACAUAGACCAGUUCAUCGCGACAGAGAGGCAGGCCUACUCCAUGGUCACCAGCAAAGAAGAGGAGCUCACGUACAAGCCGCUCACCGUCAUCACGGCAGGGCAAGUGCUGGUACCAUCGUACCUUCGGUAA